GCGGACCCCACUCUUGCCUUGUCUCUGUUCCAAAUCCAUUUAUUCCAGGCUUUUGUCAUCUCCACUCACUAGCUUCCCUCUGCGAAGUUUUGUGGCCCCACAAACAGUGUCUCCCUCUCUUCGACUGCUGACGCCCUCCACCUGUCCUUGAUAAACAUCACCUCGAUUUUCUUGCAUGUUGCCCGAGUAUCGCUGAUUAGAAUAAUAAGUGCUUUCCAGGCGCACCUUUUGUGAUGUUGCUCAUUGCUGUCAGAUUGGAUUCCCUUGUACUCUAGUUCUCCGUUCGCACCGUUAUUCCUUGCGGCCGAUUAGUGCAUGUUUGCGGCAUCUUUGCAUAGCUCAGUAGUUUUUGAAUGCCCAUUUCAUCUGGGCCACAGAUUGCUGCUUUCGGGUUGGAACUCCUCGGCCUCAGCGUCAAUGGUGCAACAUAUCGUAUGGCCAUCCGGUGUAAUUUGGAGUGAACCUUCGGAGACCGGCAUCAACCCUGAAAAUCUACGAGGGAAUCGUGUCUUUGCAGAAUAUCACUAAACCCCCAAGCGGAACAGACAAAGUUCGAUCCAUGCAGGCAGUCCUACCAUAUGAGAUCAGGCCGAAGGGUUGCGUUAGCGAGCAGUUCAAGAUGAUUUGUGAAAGCAGAGCAGGGUUACAGUACGCAUGUGGACAAACCAGCAGCAUGUAUUACAAUGUGGCCGACAGUGUACCUUGUAAAACCACCAGUUUCCCAAUGUUAUCCUUACACAACAGCGCUGAGCAAAUUCUGCCUUCUUUGCCUGUCAUCCAUGGCAACAUGGCUCAAGACUUCCAACAGAUUGAAACAAUGAAUAGAGCCGCUGUACUACCUCAGAUAGAAGAUCCAUACAACUUCUUGACGCAACCUGCGUCACGAGGGCUAUCAUGGUGCUUCGGACUACAAUCGGACGUUGCCAAGGAGUGGUCAUAUCUAGUAAAUAAAAGUGGCACGCAUGCAGCAGGUUCCAAAGUUGCAGCUGAGACCUGCGUAGAGGGGGGAAUAGUGGUCGUGCGCAGCCUCUCAUGUCCAUGGUCUUCCACGAACGUCCAGGAUACAUACCGAAGCGCGGACAGUGACCUCAUUCUGUUUCACCGCAUUCUAGACGACGCAUUUCCUUCCGAUUGCAGGCAAGUAGGGUGGUGCAAGUAUUGUGCAACACUGGAGAAGGAAUUGAUGAGCUCGUUGGAGGUGAAGGUCUCGAAGUGGGCCGAUGAUAACAGCUUGGUGGGUGCAAACUUCAAGCAGAUGGACCAGUACUUCGAGCCAAGGACGACUAUGCCAGUCGUUGAGCAUGACAGCCGAAAGCGGAAAUAUGAACAGAACGACUGGGAAAGUGAUCGGGCUCAGGUGCUGCUGAAACUGAAUGAACUUAACACACGUACGAAGAAAGCAGAGCAGAGAGUGCUGGAGCUUGAGCAAUUGUUGCGAGAUCCUGUGGUCCUGGGCCUUGACGACACGUGUGAUGACUCUGAUAUUGUCACUUCUGCAUCGCAACACGGCUACUUCCAUGAGUCAGAGAUGCUGGUCUGCAAAAUCGCCGGUUGCAACAAAACUUUCAAGUCCAGCAAGACGCUCCGUCGCCAUGCCCUGCAGAAGCACUCUGACAAUGCCCGGUUUCUGGUGUGCAACCAGCCCACGGUGAAUGGAGAGAUGUGCCACUUCGAGACGAUUCAUUCGGGGGUUCUGUCAUACCACCGAAAGCACAGCUUGGCGCAUCAACGGAGAGAAGACUGGCACAUCUCCUGCCCCUUCUGCCAGAGCAAGUUUGCGCGGCAGCACGAGAUGGAGCGCCACCGUCGGAUCUGCAAAUCCCGGCCCCAACCAUCGCAGGCCUCGCCGAACUCGAACGGAUCGUCGGUCCAGUCAACCGUAACUGGAACUCUAUCAGAAGCUAGCCUGAACCACCCCACGCAACUACCGGACUACAUGGUUCCCACUCGGAGGAAUUACGACCACCAGCUCUUCAAGAUGUCUGGUACCAAAUUUAACAUCGAAUCAGGUAUCACAUUGUGAUACAUCACAUCUGAGAUAUCAUCAGAUGACCUACAGGCUCGGCUUGCACCUACUCUUUACUCGCUUUAUCAUCACCCACAGGCUGAGACUUCUCGUUCAUGCAGACCCCUGUCAGCGUUACUCAAACGAGAGAAGUCAGCGCCAAUUGUGCUGCAUAUGGCCGGUCUGUAAUUGAGCGACAUGGUCUUAGAACUGUUGUGGUUUUCGUCCAGCAAAUCAUGCUUGGAGCCUCUAGAUAAAGUGACCUCGUCGAGCUGACAGACUUAGAGUGAGUGAACGGCAGCUCUCUUUUUCUCUUCUACGUGUACGCAGAGCGACGUGCUCUGUCAAGUCUUGUCUAUUUGAUCUAUACUAGGAGGUGGCCAUUGGGUGACAAGUGGUCAAUGCAGGUUCUGAGAAUGCACGAUGGCGAAGCUGUGCACUGUGAACUUCUCGAGCCUGAAGCUUGUCACGUAAUGGCCAUUACCCGCAUUAUUGACUGACAGGAGGAUGUUCCACUACAGGACAUUCCUGCAGUUGAAUGGACCCCCUCAUGCCCUUCAGAGUUUGGGUGUCAUCCGAUUAGGAUAUUUAGAUUUAGAAGGGGAUUUUUUCAUCCUUUUUUAUCUUAAUUUUUUAUUCCCUUUUUAUUUUUCUCUUCUUUUGAAAAGUUCACCAGACAUUUGAUUUAUAUUUAUGCCUUAACUCCCUAUGGCGAGAUCACAGGGGGUGUUGGUCAUGUAGUUUUAGAUGCAUAUGGUUUAAGCGAUACAUAAUUUAUGUACAACGCUCAUUUGUGUGAAACAUCAAAUAAUUUGUUCCAAAUGUAUAUUUACAUACUCUUCUUCAAAGUA